AUGGCGACGGGAACCACUGGCAGUAUCAUGAUGACGAUGGCCAGUCCUUCUGCCUCUGCGACGGACUGCCCGACAGGGCCGGGGACAUGCGGUAGUGCACCCCCAGCAACGCUCUAUCUCUACACUUUCCUCUCGACGCUUGUCAUUAUCGCUGCCGUCUCAGGCGGAAUCGUCAUGCGCACGAUCCAUAUUCGCCGGCGGCAGAACGAAUUAUGGGCGAACAACAACCACCAACGGCGACGCGUCGGCGAGCCACGCGUGAAGACACCGCGCCCAAUGAUGUUUGAGGCGUAUAUCGAGUGUCCAGUUGCAGUCGAUUGGACAACACAGCGAGGGGCAGAGAACUAUGCGGACGGAAGGCAGUGGGCCGAGAUGAAACCGUGCUCCGCCGAAAAGAUUAUGCCAUCUAAAGGCGGCACAUCCGUCGCGACUGUUGCCCUUCUCAUCUCCAUGCCUUCAGCCCCGCGCAUCCAAGUUGUAGAUGCACUAGCAACCAAGGGCCCGGAGCCCAAUGAAGACGAUGAGCAACAACCGGUGCCAUAUCUCGAGUUUGGUGUCAUUCAAGUACAAUACACGGACGAUGUCCCAGACGCAGCGGAGAAAGAUAGACCACCAGAUGACACUACUAGCACGGAGAGUCCGAGUCCCGCAGGAUGA